AGCUGAUCAUGCAUUCUUCUACAAGCUUGCCGGCACCACUUAGAAUUUUGAAAAAUAAUCUAGAAAUGCUAUACCCUUUAUCGGAAUUAUUCUUUACUUUGCAAUAGCUUAACAAUUUUGGUUUUUGUUAGCAAUUCUAUGAAAUUAACAAUCUAUAAAAUGCAUUCCGGACCAGAUACAUACUGUAUUGAAAGCUUUCUUCAAGAAGAGGAUAUGACAGUAUUCAUUCCAGCUUAUUUUCUUCUUUAGCAAAAGGAUUGUUUGAUUCUCAGAAGCAGAAGGACACAUUCAUUGUGGAGCAGCUCUGCCUAAGUUUGAACCAAGACUCUGAGGCUGAUAUGCAAUGUCACUUACAACAUUAAUCAGAUACUGCAUUUAAGAUCUUGAUGUGGAGGAGAUGGAGGAUGCAGAACCAAGGAUUUCCAAGUGAUUUCUUCCAAAGCACGGGAAAAUAACUCUGUUAAGGCUGGUCUGUUCUAACUGAGAUGACAGUCAUGUCCCUUUCCAGGGACCUCAAGGACGACUUCCACAGUGACACAGUGCUCUCCAUCUUAAAUGAGCAGCGUAUCCGGGGCAUUUUAUGUGAUGUCACUAUCAUUGUAGAAGAUACCAAAUUUAAAGCCCACAGCAAUGUCCUGGCAGCUUCGAGCCUUUAUUUCAAAAAUAUCUUUUGGAGCCAUACAAUCUGUAUUUCCAGCCACGUCCUGGAGCUGGACGAUCUCAAAGCUGAAGUGUUUACAGAGAUACUUAAUUAUAUCUACAGCUCCACAGUUGUUGUCAAGAGACAGGAAACAGUCACUGACCUUGCAGCUGCAGGAAAAAAGCUGGGGAUAUCAUUCCUGGAAGAUCUUACUGAUCGCAACUUCUCAAAUUCCCCAGGUCCCUAUGUAUUCUGCAUUACUGAAAAGGGAGUCGUUAAAGAAGAAAAAAAUGAAAAAAGGCAUGAAGAACCAGCCAUCACUAAUGGGCCAAGGAUCACAAAUGCAUUUUCCAUCAUUGAAACAGAAAAUAGUAAUAACAUGUUUUCUCCACUGGACUUGAGGGCUAGUUUCAAAAAGGUCUCUGAUUCCAUGAGAACAGCUAGCCUUUGCCUAGAGAGGACAGAGGUCUGCCACGAGGCCGAGCCUGUCCGCACACUCGCAGAGCACUCAUAUGCUGUUUCUUCCGCAGCUGAGGCUUACAAAAGUCAACCUGCGCGUGAACACGAUAGCAGUUCACCUGGUCAGACAGGUAAAGAAAAUUGUGAAGCUCUUGCAGCAAAACCGAAAACAUGCCGAAAGCCAAAGACAUCCUCCAUCCCCCAGGAUUCUGAUUCAACUGCAGAAAAUACACCACUCCCUCUAGUAACCAACGUAGAGGUUAAUCAAGAAAAAAGUCCACAGCCAGCUGCAAUUCUUUCUCGUUCAAAAUCUCCCAACAAUGAAGGAGAUGUCCACUCUUCCAAGGAAGAUGAAAAUCAACCUUCUGAUGUUCCCGGGCCGCCGGCAGCAGAGGUUCCACCUCUCGUUUACAAUUGUAGCUGUUGUUCCAAAUCCUUUGACAGUAGCACUCUGCUCAGUGCCCACAUGCAGCUUCACAAGCCGACCCAGGAGCCUUUAGUGUGCAAGUACUGCAACAAACAGUUCACCACCCUGAACCGUUUGGAUCGGCAUGAACAGAUCUGUAUGAGAUCAAGCCACAUGCCCAUUCCUGGAGGAAACCAGCGCUUUUUAGAAAACUAUCCUACCAUUGGACAAAAUGGUGGUUCAUUCACAGGUCCAGAAGCUUUAUUAUCUGAAAAUAGGAUUGGUGAAUUUUCCAGUACUGGAAGUACCUUGCCAGACACAGACCACAUGGUUAAAUUUGUUAAUGGGCAAAUGCUCUACAGUUGUGUUGUGUGCAAACGUAGUUAUGUGACUUUAUCCAGCCUCCGAAGACAUGCAAAUGUUCACUCAUGGAGAAGAACGUAUCCUUGCCAUUACUGCAACAAAGUAUUUGCAUUGGCUGAGUACAGGACAAGACAUGAAAUUUGGCAUACGGGAGAAAGGAGGUAUCAGUGCAUUUUCUGUCUUGAAACUUUCAUGACCUACUAUAUACUCAAAAACCAUCAAAAGUCUUUCCAUGCCAUAGAUCACAGACUUUCCAUCAGUAAAAAAACAGCAAAUGGAGGCUUGAAGCCUAGUGUCUAUCCAUAUAAACUUUAUAGGCUACUGCCUAUGAAAUGCAAGAGAGCUCCUUAUAAGAGCUACCGAAAUUCUUCCUAUGAAAAUGCUCGAGAAAGCGGUCACAUGAAUGAGUCUGCACCUGGUCCCUAUAUUGUUCAGAAUCCACACAGCUCUGAAUUACCUACCCUGAAUUUCCAAGAUAAUGUAAACACCUUAACCAACAGUCCAGCCGUCCCGUUGGAAACAUCUGCUUGUCAGGACAUACCCACUUCUGCCAAUGUACAAAAUACAGAGGGCACCAAAUGGGGAGGGGAGACAUUGAAAAUUGAUCUUGAUGGUAACUUUUAUUCUACUGAGGUAUCAGUUUCUUCCACUGAAAAUGCCGUCAGUUCUGGCCUGCAGGCAGGGGAUGCACCUGUUUUGUCCUUGAAUAAUGGCAGUGAGAACCCAGCCUCUGUGAUCAGCUACAGUGGCUCAGCACCCUCGGUCAUUGUGCAUAGCAGCCAGUUCUCAUCGGUGAUAAUGCACAGCAAUGCCGUUGCUGCCGUGACCAGCAGCAACCACAGAGCCCUUCCAGACCCAGCUGCCAGUCAGUCCCUGAAAGACAACAGUAAACCCGAGCCAGAUAAAGUGGGUAGAUUUGCAAGCAGACCCAAAAGCAUUAAGGAGAAGAAGAAAACUGUACCCUAUAACAGGGGAGAAAUACCAGAGGAGUCAAAAUACGUUGCUGAUCCUGGAGGGUCAUUGAGCAAAGCCACAAAUAUCGUUGAAGAAACCAGUAAAAUCGAAACCUACAUUGCGAAACCUGCUCUGCCUGGAACCUCCACAAAUAGCAACGUUGCACCCCUUUGCCAAAUAACAGUGAAAAUUGGGAAUGAAGCCAUUGUGAAAAGGCAUAUUCUAGGAUCUAAAUUGUUUUAUAAAAGAGGGAGAAGACCCAAGUAUCAAAUGCAGGAGGAGACGUUGCCACAGAAGAGCGACCCAGAACCCAACGGAGACGGCCCGCUCGACCUUUGCCAGUCCGAGUGCGUAGAGAUGAGCGAAGUGUUUGAUGACGCAAGCGACCAGGACUCCACUGAUAAACCGUGGCGCCCUUACUACAACUACAAACCCAAAAAGAAAUCCAGACAGUUGAGAAAAAUGAAGAAAGUCAACUGGAGGAAAGAGCACGGAAAUAGGAGCCCAAGCAGCAAGUGUAAAUACCCGGCAGAGCUGGACUGUGCUGUGGGCAAGGCCCCUCAGGAUAAGGCCUUCGAGGAAGAGGAAAACAAAGAGAUGCCCAAGCUGCAGUGUGAACUCUGUGACGGAGACAAGGCAUCUGGGGCUGGAAACCAAGGCAGGCCCCACCGGCAUCUCACUUCCAGGCCUUACACGUGUGAGCUCUGCGCCAAGCAGUUCCAGAGCCCUUCCACGCUGAAAAUGCACAUGAGAUGCCACACCGGAGAGAAGCCAUACCAGUGCAAGACCUGUGGACGGUGUUUUUCAGUGCAAGGAAACUUACAGAAACACGAACGCAUCCACCUGGGCUUGAAGGAGUUCAUCUGUCAGUAUUGCAACAAGGCAUUCACCUUGAAUGAGACCCUCAAAAUCCACGAAAGAAUCCAUACUGGUGAAAAGCGGUAUCACUGUCAGUUCUGCUUUCAGAGUUUUUUGUAUCUCUCCACCAAAAGGAAUCAUGAGCAGAGGCAUAUUCGGGAGCACAACGGGAAGGGCUAUGCCUGCUUCCAGUGCCCCAAAAUUUGCAAAACAGCUGCUGCCCUUGGAAUGCACCAAAAGAAACACUUAUUCAAAAGCCCAAGUCAGCAGGAGAAAAUAGGUAACACAUGCCAUGAAAACUCAAAUCCUUUGGAGAAUCAACAUUUCAUUGAUUCAGAAGACAAUGACCAAAAGGAUUACGUUCAAACCAUUGUUGAAAAUGUCCUUUGAGUGGCAAUAGUUAGAAAAAUCUUCAAAAAUAUAAGUUGGUGUUUUUUAGUUAGUUUUUUUUUUUAAGUUUAGUUUUGUUCACAUGACAGCCAUGAAGGAGUGAAAUGUUAAAAAAAAAAUUCAUUUGUGAAAAUUCCAGAAAAA